GUGGUUGAUAGAGAAGGCUUUUGGGUGAGGAACCGAUACAGAAGAGCCUGGGAUUUUGUGACCCUUGCACCAAGAAAAAGCUCUCAAAGAAACACUCGGCAGGGAGGCUUCCGAUCCCCUGACGGCGUGGCAUCUGGCCCCACAGAACCAGGCUAACUUUGCAUGUGGACCUCGGGCGGCGCGGGCCCUGUUGGCGUCACCAUGAGUAGCACCCUCUCCCCCACCGACUACGACAGCCUGGAGAUCCAGCAGCAGUACAACGACAUCAACAACCGCUGGGAAGUGGCCGACGAGGAAUGGGACAACGAGAACAGCUCGGCCCGGCUUUUCGAGCGCUCCCGCAUCAAGGCCCUGGCAGAUGAGCGGGAGGCAGUGCAGAAGAAAACCUUCACCAAAUGGGUUAACUCUCACCUGGCCCGAGUCACGUGCCGGAUCAGCGACCUGUACAGCGACUUACGAGAUGGACGGAUGCUGCUACGCCUCCUGGAAGUGCUCUCGGGGGAGCAGCUGCCCAAGCCAACCAAGGGCCGGAUGCGAAUCCACUGCCUGGAGAACGUGGACAAGGCCCUCCAGUUCUUGAAGGAGCAGCGCGUCCACUUGGAGAACAUGGGGUCGCACGACAUCGUCGACGGCAACCAUCGCCUCACACUGGGCCUCAUCUGGACCAUCAUCCUCCGUUUCCAGAUCCAGGAUAUCAGCGUGGAGACGGAAGAUAAUAAGGAGAAGAAAUCAGCAAAAGAUGCCUUACUGCUCUGGUGUCAGAUGAAAACGGCUGGAUACCCAAAUGUGAAUGUCCACAAUUUUACCACGAGUUGGAGAGACGGCCUCGCGUUCAACGCCAUUGUCCACAAACACAGGCCGGACUUGAUAGACAUCGACACGCUGAAAAGAUGCAACGCACACUACAACCUCCAAAAUGCCUUCAACAUUGCUGAAAAGGAACUAGGCUUGACAAAGCUCUUAGACCCGGAAGAUGUGAACGUGGACCAGCCAGACGAGAAGUCCAUAAUCACUUACGUAGCCACCUACUACCACUAUUUUUCGAAGAUGAAAGCCUUAGCCGUGGAAGGGAAGCGGAUCGGAAAGGUCCUGGAUCACGCGAUCGAGGCGGACAAGCUGAUAGAAAAAUAUGAGACCCUCGCCUCGGACCUCCUGCAGUGGAUUGAGCAGACGAUCUUGACGCUGUACGACCGGAAGCUGGCCAACUGCCUGAGCGGGGUGCAGAACCAGCUGCAGGCUUUUAACACUUACCGCACCGUGGAGAAACCCCCCAAGUUCACGGAAAAGGGAAAUCUCGAAGUUCUGCUUUUCACGAUCCAAAGCAAGAUGAGAGCGAAUAACCAGAAGGUUUACACGCCACGGGAGGGGAGGCUGAUCUCUGAUAUCAACAAGGGCUGGGAGCGUUUGGAGAAAGCGGAGCACGAGCGGGAGCUGGCCUUGCGCAACGAGCUGAUUCGGCAGGAGAAGCUGGAGCAGCUGGCGGCCCGGUUCGACCGCAAGGCGGCCAUGCGCGAGACCUGGCUGAGCGAGAAUCAGCGGCUCGUCUCACAGGAUAACUUUGGGUCGGAUAUCUCGGCCGUGGAGGCGGCCGUGCGGAAGCACGAGGCCAUCGAGACGGACAUCGUGGCCUACAGCGAGCGGGUGGCGGCCGUCAACGCGGUGGCGGCCGAGCUGGAAGCGGAAGGCUACCACGACCUCAAGCGGGUGGUGGCGCGGAGGAACAACGUGGCGCGGCUGUGGGAUUAUCUGCGGGAGCUGGUGGCCACGCGGCGCGAGCGCCUGAUGCUCCAUUUUGAGCUGCAGAAAGUGUUCCAGGAUCUGGUCUAUCUGAUGGACUGGCUGGAGGAGAUGAAGGGCCGGCUCCAGUCUCAGGACUUCGGGAAGCAUUUACACGGGGUGGAGGACCUGCUCCAGAUCCAUGCGCUGGUGGAGGCCGACAUCGCCAUCCAGGCCGAGCGGGUGAAGGCCAUCAGCGUGGCCGCCCAGCGCUUUGCCUCGUCCGGAGAGGGAUACAAACCCUGUGACCCCCGUUUGGUCCAAGACCGAUUGGCCACGCUGGACCGGUGCUAUCGGGAACUGGUGGCCCUGGCGGCCCAGCGGCGGGCCAAACUGGAGGAAUCGCGCCGCUUGUGGAAGUUCUUCUGGGACAUGGGCGAGGAGGAGGCCUGGAUCCGGGAGCAGAGCCGGAUCCUGUCCUCCGACGACUUCGGCAAAGACUUGACCAGCGCCCUGCGUCUCACCAGCAAGCACAACGCCUUCCGGGACGAGAUGAGCGGCCGGGCCGGCCCUCUCCAGCAGAGCAUCGCUGAAGGCCGCCAGCUGGUCGCCGAAGGCCACUUUGGGGCCGCCGAGGUGGCCGAGCGGAUCCGGGACAUCGAGGAGCAGUGGGAGCAGCUGGAGGCCCUGUCGAGCGGGCGGGAGCGGCGUCUCCUCCAGGCCUCGAACCUCUAUCAGUUCCAGGCGGACGCCAACGACAUGGAGGCCUGGUUGCUGGACGCCCUCCGCUUGGUCUCCAGCUCGGAGGUCGGCCACGACGAAUAUUCGACCCAGAGCCUCGUGAAGAAGCACAAGGACGUGGAGGAGGAGAUCCACAACCACCGCCCGGCCCUGGACGCCCUGCACGAGCAGGCGCGCAGCCUGCCGCCGGCCUUUGCCCAUUCCCCCGAGGUGGACGGGCGUUUGCCGGCGCUCGAGCAGCGCUACGAGGAGCUGGUGACCCUGGCGGAGCACCGCAAGCAGGCUCUGCAGGACGCCCUCAACCUCUAUCAGAUGUUCAGCGAGGCCGACGCCUGCGGCCUCUGGAUCGGCGAGAGGGAGUACUGGAUCGAGACCAUGGACGUGCCGGAGAAGUUGGAGGACCUGGAAGUGGUUCAGCAGAGGUUUGAGACUCUGGAGCCGGAGAUGAACAACCUGGCCUCCCGCAUCGCGGCGGUGAACGAGAUCGCCAGCCGGCUCUUGGGCACCGAUCACAGGAACAAGGAGAGCAUCCAGGCUACUCGGGAGGAGCUCAACACCAGGUGGCAGCAGUUCCAGGCCCUGGCCAGCCGGAAGAAGGAGGCCCUGACCUCGGCGCUCAGCAUCCAGAACUACUACCUGGAGUGCAAUGAGACCAAGGGCUGGAUGCGAGAGAAGACGAAGGUGAUCGAGUCGACGCAGAGCUUGGGGAACGACCUGGCCGGGGUGAUGGCGCUGCAGCGCAAGCUGGCGGGCAUGGAGCGGGACCUGGCGGCCAUUCAGGGGAAAGUCCGAGACCUGCAGGAGGAGGCGGCCCGGCUGGCGGAACAGCACCCAGAGCAGGCGGACGCCCUCCGGGACCGCCUCGCCGACAUUGACGGGACCUGGGAGGCGCUGCGGGAGACCAUGCGGCGCCGGGAGGAGUCUCUGGGCGAAGCCAGCAAGCUGCAGGGCUUCCUGCGGGACCUGGACGACUUCCAGGCGUGGCUGCUGCGGACCCAGACGGCCGUGGCCUCGGAGGACGUCCCCGCCACGCUGCCCGAGGCCGAGCGCCUCCUGAGCCAGCACGAGACCAUCCGGAACGAGGUCGAGCACUACCGGGACGACUACCGGCGCCUGCGGGCCAUGGGCGAGGAGGUGACCCGGGGCCACACGGACGCCCAGCACAUGUUCCUCCACCAGCGCCUCCAGGCCCUCGACACCGGCUGGACGGAGCUCGGCCAGAUGUGGGAGAACCGCCACCAGCUGCUCUCGAGGGCCUACGGCUUCCAGAUCUUCCUACGGGACACCAAGCAGGUGGAAGGGGUGCUGAGUAACCAGGAAUACGUUUUGACGCACACCAGCAUGCCCAGUUCCCUCCAGGCUGCGGAGGCCGCCAUCAAGAAGCACGAGGAUUUCAUGACCACUAUGGAGGCCAAUGGGGAGAGGAUCAAAGGGCUGGUAGACGCCGGGCGGAAGCUGAUCACGGAGGACGCCUUCCACGCGGACAAGGUCCGGGAGAAAGUCAACUCCAUCGACAGCCGGCACAGGAAAAACCAAGAAGCGGCGAAGGAUCUCCUGGCGCGGCUGCGGGACAAUCGCGAGCUGCAGCACUUCCUUCAAGACUGUCAAGAGCUCACCCUGUGGAUCAAUGAGAAGAUGCUGUCCGCGCAGGACAUGUCGUACGACGAAGCCCGCAACCUCCACACCAAGUGGCAGAAGCACCAGGCCUUCAUGGCCGAGCUGGCCUCCAACAAGGGCUGGCUGGACAAAAUACAGAAGGAGGGGGAACAACUGGUCGCCGAAAAGCCGGAGCUGAAACCUGUGGUGCGGGAAAAACUGGACGGCUUGCAGACCCUCUGGGAGGAACUGGAAUCCCGCACCCAGAGCAAAGCCCGGUGCCUUUUCGACGCCAACCGCGCCGAACUCUUCACCCAGAGCUGCUCGGCUUUGGAGGCCUGGCUGAGCGGCCUUGAAGCCCAGCUGCACUCGGACGACUACGGGAAAGACCUGACCAGCGUCAAUAUUUUGCUCAAGAAACAACAGAUGCUGGAGAACCAGAUGGAUGUGCGGGAGAAGGAGGUGGAGGGUCUCAAAGGCCAGGCCCUGGCCCUCAGCCCAGAGGACUCCAAUACGGUGGAGGUGGACGGCAAGCUGCGGACGGUGGAAGACAAAUUCGCCGAGCUCCGGGCCCCGCUGCGGGAGCGCUGCCAGAAGCUGCUGGCCUCGAAAGAGGAACACCAGUUCAAUCGAGACCUGGAGGACGAAAUCUUGUGGGUGAAGGAGCGCAUGCCCCUGGCGGUUUCCACCGAUCACGGGAGAGAUCUCCCCACUGUCCAACUGCUGAUCAAGAAAAAUCAGACCUUGCAGAAGGAGAUCCAGGGGCACCAGCCGCGCAUCCACGACAUUCUGGGAAGGUGGCAGAGCCUGGCGUGCAGCGGCCUGGAAGCCGACCUUCGGGGCCGCGUCGAGGCGCUGCAAGAGAUGUGGCAGGAGCUGCAGAACCAGGCGGAGGAACGCCACCGGCGGCUGGAGCGGGCCCAGAUGGCGCAGCAGCUCUACUUCGAUGUGGCCGAGGCCGAGGCCUGGAUGGGGGAACAGGAGCUGCACAUGAUCUCGGAGGAGAAGGCCAAGGAUGAGCUGAUCGCCCAGGCCAUGGUGAAGAACCAUAUGGUGAUGGAGCAGGCCCUGGAGGACUACGCCCAGACCAUUCAUCAGCUGUCCCUCCAGAGCCGGGACAUGGUGAACAACGGCCACCCCGAGAGCGAGCGGAUCAACCUCCGGCAGGGCCAGGUGGACAAACUGUACGCCAGCCUGAAGGAUCUGGCGGAGGAGCGCCGCGCCAAGCUGCAGGAGCAGCUUCGGCUUUGCCAGCUGAAGCGGGAGGUGGACGACCUGGAGCAGUGGAUCUCGGAGCGGGAGGUGGUGGCCGCUUCCCACGAGCUCGGCCAGGACUACGAGCACGUCACGAUGCUAAGGGACAAAUUCCGGGAAUUCUCACGCGAUACAAGCACCAUCGGUCAGGAGCGAGUGGACGCCGUCAACCGGCUGGCGGACGGCCUGAUCUCCGCCGGCCACUCGGGGAAAGACAGCUUGAACGAAGCCUGGGCGGACCUGCUGGAGCUGAUUGACACCCGGAGCCAGAUGCUGGCCGCCUCCUACGAGCUCCACCGCUUCUACCACGACGCCCGCGAGACCCUCAGCCAGAUCCAGAACAAGCAGAAGCAGCUGCCGGACGAGGUGGGCCGGGAUCUGAACACCGCCGAGGCCAUGCAGCGGAUGCACAGCGCUUACGAGCACGACAUUCAGGCCCUGAGCACGCAGGUGAAGCAGGUACAGGACGACGCCUCGCGGCUGCAGAAGGCCUACGCCGGCGAGAAGGCGGACGACAUCCGGCGGCACGAGCAGUCGGUGAGCGAGGCCUGGGCCGACCUGCUCAGCAGCAGCAGCGGCCGGCGGCACCUCCUCACCGACACGGUGGACAAGUUCCGCUUCUUCCGCACGGUGCGGGAUCUCCUCCUCUGGAUGGACGACGUCAACCUCCAGAUCGACGCCCAAGAGAAGCCCCGGGAUGUGUCCGCUGCCGAUCUGGUCAUCAAGAACCACCAGGGGAUCAAGGCGGAGGUGGAGGCCCGGACGGACAGCUUCAACGCCUGCAUCGCCGUGGGCAACGACCUGCUGGCGAAAGGGCACUACGCCUCCGACAAGAUUGCCGAGAAACUGACCCAGCUUCAGGACCGCCGCAAGGAGAUAAACGACAAGUGGCGGGACAAGAUGGACUGGUUACAAAUCGUCAUGGAGGUGCUGAUGUUCGGGCGGGACGCGAGCAUGGCCGAAGCCUGGCUCUCGAGCCAGGAGCCGAUCGUCCGCUCGGCCGAGCUGGGCAGCAACGUGGACGAAGUGGAGAACCUCAUCAAGCGCCACGAGGGCUUCCAGAAAUCUGCCGCCGCCUGGGAGGAGCGUUUUUCGGCGCUGGAGAAGCUCACCACGUUGGAAGAGAAUGAGUGUCGCCGGCGGGCGCAGGAGGAAGCAAGGAAAAAGCGCCCCCCGACACCACCGGUGGCAGACCUCCCCUCCACGGCUCCACAGCCUGACUCCGCUCACGACGGCAGAAGUCCUGGAGAGCAAGAAACGGCGCUGGAAAUGCCGUCUCUGAAUGGAAUCGACCUCGAGUCUGAAUCUCCUCAGAUUUCAGAGACGUCCACAACGGUCAAUGGGUCGCGGCUCGAUUCCGUGUCGAAGGGGAAGGAGCCCAGCCCAGUCCCCUCGCCGAAGCCACGUUCCAAACUGCCGGCCCUCAGCCCCGAUCCCACCCAGUCCGCCACCCUGCCCCUGAGGACGCCGGACCCCUCCACCCCGACGGAGCAGAUGGAAGGGGUGCUGUGCCGGAAGCAGGAAAUGGAAUCGCACGGCAAAAAGGCAGCUAACAGGUCCUGGCAGAACAUCUACUGCGUGGUUCGAAAGGGCACCCUUGGCUUCUACAAGGACAGUAAGAACGCCAGCAAUGGCAUUCCCUACCAUGGGGAAGCGCCGGUCAGCUUGCAGGGAGCCCAGUGCAACGUCGCUCUGGACUACAAGAAGCGCAAACAUGUCUUUAAGCUCGGGUUAACGGAUGGGAAAGAAUAUUUAUUCCAGGCCAAAGAUGAGGCCGAGAUGAGCAGCUGGAUGCGUGUCGUCAACGCCACGGCUGCCUCUGUCCCGACCCCGCACGGCCCCGCGGAGGAGCAGCUGAUCGGCAAAGGAAUGACGCGGGCCCUCAGCAUGCCCCCCGUCUCCCCCAACAGCGGCUCCGAGGGGCCCGUCGCUCUGCGCAGCAAAGACACCACCAAGGAGAAAGACCGCGAGAAACGCUUUAGUUUUUUCAAAAAGAACAAAUAGGGGCCACCCGCCGGGGGGGAAACAGGGGGGCGAGGUGGGGCUAAACCGCGGCGGAAGAAAACGGUCCAGAUUCGGCUGAACAUCAGGGCA